AAAAAAACAAACACAUUGCAUUAACUCAAACUUCACCAACUCCAAUCCUCUGUCUCUUCUCUUCUUGGAUUUGGAACAAUAUGUAUCCGUGAUUUAGUUUUGCAUAAAAUAUAUCAAAAUCUCUUCUUUUUCCUUCUUCACUUAAAACCCAGAAAAAUCUAGACAUAAAGGUACGAUCUUUGAUUUAAUGGGAUACCUUUCUUGUAGAGCUGAAUCUGCUGUUUCCACCGUCAAUUCCACAAACCCAUCUGCGAAAACAACCGCCGGUGUCGUCUCCGGCCUAGACAAGCCCAUUAAGAUCCAACACUUCGAGUAUAGUGAUCUUGAGGCUGCCACAAAUGGGUUCUCCGAGCAGAAGCUGUUGGGUAAAGGAAGCCAUGGCUAUGUCUACAAAGCAGUACUCCGUGGAAGACUCGUCGCUGUUAAGAGGCCUUCUCGGCCUCAGAGCUUCAUCGGGCCACGACCCAAUUCGACGCCGGAGAUCACCAACGAGGUAGAUAACGAGAUCGAGAUCUUGUCGAAGAUUCAAAAUCCUAGACUUGUCAAUCUGGUAGGCUUUACUACUAAUGACUCGAGGAAUAGACUUUUGGUUGUUGAGUUUAUGAGUAAUGGUACUCUUUAUGAUGUUCUUCAUACUAGUCCUCGACCCCCUAACUGGGGUCGUAGAAUUCGUUUGGCUUUGCAGACUGCUAAAGCCAUUGAUACCCUUCAUUCUUCAUCCCCACCAGUAAUUCAUCGAGAUAUUAAGUCUGCAAAUGUUUUAAUUGACCGUAAUUUUAAUGCCCGGUUGGGUGAUUUUGGCUUGGCAUUGCGUUGCCAUGUUGAUGAUUAUAGACUCAGGUCAACCCCUCCUGCUGGGACUAUGGGGUACCUUGACCCUGGUUAUGUCACCCCAGAUAAUUUGAGUACUAAACUUGAUGUUUUUAGUUUUGGGAUUUUGUUGUUAGAGAUUAUAAGUGGGAGAAAAGCCAUUGAUGUUGGUUAUUCACCACCUUCUAUUGUGGAUUGGGCUAUUCCUCUUAUCAAAAAAGGGAAGCUUUUUAAUGUUUAUGAUCCUAGAAUUUCACCUCCCAGAGACCCCAUUGUGAGGAAGCAAUUGGCUGUGAUUGCAGCCAAGUGUGUGAGGUCUUGUAGGGAGAGAAGACCAGCUAUGAAAGAUGUGGUUGUUUGGCUUUCUGGGUUGAGCAAACUAGUUCCAUUGCAUUCAUGGAAUAAUCUUAACAAUCCAUGUAUGAUGAUCGAGAAUGUGGGUCGCCCGGUCGAAGUAAGUAAUCCUCAUUUGAAUUGGUUUGAAAAUCAUGGAGAAGGUAAUUUGGAUGGCAUGGAUGCUAAGUAUGCCAGGCAAGUUAUGAGGAAUUCUCGGAGAGUCUACUCUGACUUGGGAUUCACUAGCAACUUGAUGGAGCUCAUGGCUGGUACCGAUGAGGAGACUGAGUACAGGGGUGAGGCUGUUGUGCCUAAAUUGAGAUCCAGGGAUCGGAUUUCGAGUACUAAAUUCGGUAGCGAAAGAUAUGGCAUCAGAGGAAAAAAUCUAUCCCAAACUUGUACUGACAAAAAUGAUGUCUUUCCUUUGAGGCGAAACCGUUCAAUAGGGGGAGGUGCAGAAAUUUGUUCAAGAAGAGAUGAUAUAGUUCCUCGGACAAGUUUUCGAUCUCAGGGCGCAGCCAUUGAAGAAAAGAUAGAGCAAACUCAGCGAAAUUCGGUUCAGUAAGAUUCUCUUGCUUGCAAAGUUUUUUACAUUAAUGUAUAUUUGUUUGUAGCUCAUUGCUUGUUUGGUUUGAUUUAAUGAACAUAGGAUUAACAAAUCUCUAUGUUCUUUUAACUGUUGUAAUUUCUUGUAGUUUUCUCGUAUUUGGAGUUCAAUGGCACAUCUCUCAUGUGUCAUGAUCAUUCAUAGGCUUGUGGUCCUUGUACUGUUAUUCUCUUUUGCUGUUUGACACUGAUGUAUGCCAAAAAAAAAAAGUUAUGUUUCUCACAUUCAAUACAAACUGAGCUGAUUCAAAAUUCA